UCAAUCAAUGGGCGAAUAGAGUUUUCAAACGGCUAUAUAUUUCAAAAGUUCGUUUUCGCCGGUCGUCCCCAUUUUUUCAUGAAGCUCGUCUUCAAACGCCAUUGCAGCUCUCUCACCUCCUUCAAUCUUCAAAAUACCAAAACCCCAUCAUCCAAACAAUCCAAAAUCCUCCAACUCUGCAAGUUGGGCUUACUCUCCGAUGCGAUUAGGGUCCUCAACUCCAUUGAUUCCGGCGAAAUCACCCUCAAACCGAUCCUUUACGCUUCGCUCUUACAGACUUGCACCAAAGCUGUUUCAUUCAACCAUGGCCUCCAAGUACAUGCCCAUGUCGUUAAGUCCGGCCUUGAAACCGAUCGGUUCGUUGGGAACAGCUUGCUUGCUCUGUAUUUCAAGUUGGUUCCGAAUAUGUCGGAGACUCGGAGAGUGUUUGAUGGUCUUUUUGUUAAGGAUGUGAUUUCUUGGACGUCGAUGAUCACCGGGUACGUUCGGGCUGGAAAGCCUGGAAAUUCGAUUGAAAUGUUUUGGGAGAUGUUGAAAUUUGGGAUUGAGCCAAAUGCCUUCACUUUGUCUGCUGUGGUUAAAGCUUGUUCGGAGGUUGGGGACUUGAGGCUUGGCCUGUGCUUUCACGGAGUUGUUUUCCGGCGUGGGUUCGAUUCGAAUGAUGUGAUUGUUAGUGCUUUGAUAUACAUGUACGGGAGGAAUUAUAGGUCGGAAGAUGCACGCCGGCUGUUUGAUGAAAUGUCUGAACCAGGUGCUAUAUGCUGGACAUCGGUUAUUUCUGCCUUCACAAGAAGCGAUUUGUUUGAGGAAGCAUUGGGGUUCUUUUAUUUGAUGCAGAGAAAUCAUGGGUUGUCGCCGGAUGGUUUUACGUUUGGGACGGUAUUGACUGCUUGUGGCAACUUGGGGAGGCUGAGGCAAGGUAGAGAAGUGCAUGCUAAGGUCAUUACAUAUGGACUUUAUGGGAAUGUGGUUGUUGAGAGUAGCUUGGUUGACAUGUAUGGAAAAUGUGGGUCAGUAGAGAAUGCUCGGCGUGUUUUUGAUAGGAUGUCAAAGAAGAACUCAGUUUCUUGGUCUGCAUUACUAGGGGUGUACUGUCAAGCUGGAGACUUUGAAUCUGUCGUUAAGCAUUUCAGGGAAAUGGAAGAGACCGACCUCUACAGUUUUGGAACUGUCCUUCGUGCGUGCGCAGGUUUGGCAGCUGUACAACACGGGAAAGAGGUUCACUGCCAGUAUGUGAGAAGUUGUGGUUGGAGAGAUGUUAUUGUAGAAUCAGCUUUAGUUAAUCUUUACGCAAAGUGUGGCAACAUAGAUUUUGCCCGUAGAGUUUUUGUGAAGAUGCCAGUUAGGAAUUUGAUAACAUGGAACUCCAUGAUUUGUGGGUUUGCUCAGAAUGGGGGAGGUGAAGAAGCUCUUAAAAUAUUUGAUGAGAUGAUUAACGAUGGGAUUAGGCCGGAUUAUAUCAGCUUUAUAGGGGUUCUUUUUGCUUGUAGUCAUGCAGGUUUGGUUGACCAAGGACGAAGCAACUUUAUUGCGAUGACAAAAGAGUACGGGAUUAAACCUGGCAUUGAACAUUAUUGUUGUAUGGUUGAUCUUCUAGGCCGUGCGGGGCUACUGGAAGAAGCUGAGAAUUUGAUACAGAAUGCAGAUUGCAGGAACGAUUCGUCUCUUUGGGCAGUUCUUCUAGGUGCUAGCACAACCUGUUUGAACCUUGCUACCUCAGAGCGCAUAGCGAAGAAAAUGAUAGAACUAGAACCGGACUACCAUCUGAGUUACGUUCUUCUAGCUAAUGUGUAUAGAAAAGUAGGCCGAUGGAAUGACGCCUCGGAGAUUGGGAGGAUAAUGCAACAGAGAGGGGUUAAAAAGAUGCCGGCUAAGAGCUGGAUUGAAUCCAACGGUAAAUUGGGUUCUAAUCUCCAUGUCGGAGAUGUGGAAAUUCGUAGUAGAAUCAAAUUUCCUGUUGUGUAGGGGUAUUAUCUGAAAGUCAAUACAUGUUCUUCAUUGCAAUCCAUGAAAUUUGAAUGGUUCC